UCGCCUUUUAUUAAAAAGAGGGAACACAGUCUACCCCCGCCUUGACUGACUGCCUUCAGAGUUUAGAUAUUAAUCUAAAGUGGGAUUUGUGAGACUUCUGAACUAAUAACAGACCACUUGGUAUCAAAGUAUCUUGUCAUGAUUAUAACACAAUAUGUCUGAACAAGUCAGACACAAAAGGUUGAUUCCCCGGUGAUUUUCAAUUUUGAACAGGUUCUCAGAGACAGGAGGGCGGGUGUAGCCGUUACGCUCCCUCUCUUUAAUACGAUCGCUCGGCAUUCUGCGGAUUUCUCGCCCGCCCGGUAGCCGCUCGGUGGUGGAGGGGGAGAGGAGGAGGAGGAGGAGGAGGUGGAGAGCAGCAGUAGGAGGUGGAGUCCGCUACGCUGUCACUCCAGACCACAGUACAUCAUCAUCCGCAGCAAUGUUAACACGGAGCUGAGCUCACGGAUCACUUGGCGCGGGUGUAUGACAGCAAACAUCAGUUAUGGAGUUCAGCAAACUGGUGACCCUAUGGAUUAUAUGCUUGUGUGUCUUUGGGGACUGUUUGCCCGAAAAGAGCAGUGGAUCUUCAUCGGACCAUCACCAUGCUGACAAUGGAGGCGAACUGUGCCGCAUCGAUUCGCUCAUUUGCCAGGAAGAGAACGCCGCCCUGAGCUUCGAAGCCAUCCGGAGCAUCCACAAGCAGAUGGACGAUGACGCAAACGGGAACGUGGAUGUGCUGGAGACGGACGGGUUCCUUCGGGAGGACCUCAACUACCAUGACCCGAAGGCCAAGCACAACACCUUCCACGGGGAUGACCAGUUCAUCAGCGUGGAGGACCUGUGGAAGACGUGGAAGGGCUCAGAAGUGUACAACUGGACUUUGGAUGAAGUGGUGGAAUGGUUGAUCACAUGCGUGGAACUGCCGCAGUAUGUGGAAGUAUUUCGCAAGAUGCAAUUCAAUGGCAGCGUCAUGCCAAGAUUAGCGGUGAAGAAUGCCACUCUGACCCUGGCUGUUCUGAAGAUGCUGGACCGCAGCCAUGUGCAGAAGCUGCAGCUCAAAUCCCUUGAUACCGUCCUCUUUGGAGCCCCUCUCAUGAACAGGCACAACCACCUGAAGGACUUCAUGCUGGUGGUUUCCAUAGUGAUCGGCAUGGGCGGCUGCUGGUUUGCCUUCAUCCAGAACCGCUACUCCAAGGACCACAUGAAGAAGAUGAUGACGGACCUGGAGGGCCUGCAGAGGGCUGAGCAGAGCCUCCACGACCUGCAGCAGAAGCUGCAGAUCGCCCAGGAGGAGCACCGCACGGUGGAGGUGGAGAAGGUGAACCUGGAGCAGAAGCUGAGGGACGAGAUCAACUCGGCCAAGCAGGAGGCCCAGCGGCUCAAGGGGCUCAGGGAGGGCACCGAGAACGAGCUGAGCCGGCAGAAGUACGCAGAGGAGGAGCUGGACCAGGUCCGCAUGGCUCUGAAGAAGGCGGAGAAGGAGCUGGAGUCCAGGAUGAGCUGGUCGCCCCCAGAGUCCCUGCAGAAGUGGCUGCAGCUCACCCAUGAGGUGGAGGUGCAGUACUACAACAUCAAGAAGCAGAACGCAGAGAAACAGCUGCUGCUCGCCAAAGAAGGAGCUGAGAAGAUCAAGAAGAAGAGGAACACUCUGUUUGGGACGUUCCAUGUGGCCCACAGCUCCUCUCUGGAUGACGUGGACCACAAGAUCCUGUCAGCAAAGCAGGCGCUGGGCGAGGUGACGGCUGCCCUGCGGGAGAGGCUCCACCGCUGGCAGCAGAUAGAGAUCCUCACCGGGUUCACCAUCGUCAGCAACCCGGGCCUGCCCACGCUGGCCUCGGCGCUCAACCUGGACGCCAGCUUCCAGGGCGGCCGGGCCACGCCCCAGCACUUCCUCAUGUCGGAGGACAUGGACGACAUGGACGAGGACAUCCUGCCCCCCGGGACCCUGCAAUCUCCCAGCAUGAUGGCCCUCCGCCAGCGCCACAUGGACCCCCACCUGGCCAUGGGCUCCCAGAGGUUGGUAGAGUCCCCCCAGCAGGCCGAGGGCCCCCACCACCCGUCCCGGGGGCCAAGGGCCACCUUCAGGCAGUCCCGCAGCCAGUCCUUCGGGCAGUUCGAGGCGCUGGCCCUGCCGCCGCUGUCCUCGGCCGUGUCUCAUCCCACCAUCGUCUGCUCCUCCGCCUACAGCCCUCCGCCCUUCUCCCCCCUCUCCUUCUCCUCCUCCUGCCUGCCCAGCUCCGUGGGGGGGCCCCUCUCACACCCCUCCUCCCAUCUGUCUCACGCCUCUUUCAGGCCGCUGGACGCCAUCCCAGACUUCCCCUCGCAGGACGGCUCUAACGGUGGCUCCGGGGAUCUAAACCGCUCUGACUCGGACUCCUCCCUGUCCCUGUCCCAAGUGGGCGACCGCCUGGCCAUCUACGGCUCCAAGGCCCACCUGGUGAAGCCCACCUCCCUCCUCAUGCACGGCCUGGCCCCCCACGCCGAGGGCCUGUCCGCCCUGCACGCCCACACGCCCAACGGCGGCAACCGCGCCUACGAGGCGCUGAGCGGCGGCGGCGGGCCCCACGACGCCCCCCCCGUCUCCGGGAGCCCCAUCCUGAUGAAGAGGCUGUACGGCAUGGAGAAGUCGGCCAGCCUGGGCGAGAUCCACAGCAUGUCGGUGUCGGAGUCGUCGCGCUCCUUCAGCCCCAACUCCACGGAGCCCGACACCCCGUCCCCCACCGGAGAGCAGGCGGCGGCCAGGGGCGGCAGCCGCAUCCCCCAGCUCUCCAACAAGAAGAGCCCCCUGGAGGACGACAGCGGCAGCACGGGCGAAGACACGGAUUCCGUCGCCAGCCGCAAGAAACACACCUUCAAGAUCUUCAAGAAGCAGAAGAAAUAAUACCGAUGAUGUUGUUGACGUCGAGGGCCAAGGGAGAACUGAGAGAAUGUUUUUGAAGUCGUUUUGGGACCGUUCGUUGUCGUCCUGUUUUCUGUUGGGUUUUUACCGUUCUUAGUUUUUUUUCUUAACGGUCCAAAAGGAUCGGGGGCACGAUAUGUGGCCGUUUGCGUCUUUUUCCGUUGGGUUCUGAUUUUUUAAGGAACUGUGGGAGCAGCCGACAACAGUGUGAGGUUUUCCUCCGUCGCCUCCGUGUAUCCCGGGGCAGGGCUGUGUAUAUCGGAAUGUAAAGUACUAUUUAUUCAGCAGGAAGCGGUGUCAGUCAAUCCAAGGGAAUCAAAUGUCCUGAUGUUUAGUCUUUAUUCUUUUCCUUAUUCUUGUGCUCCGUUCGAUAUGGGUUUGCAUGUCUUGACCUUUGACCUUUGUUUGGCUUAUGCUUGGAAGCUUUCGGUGUUCGCUUGGUUCUUGCGUCCCGUCCCCCCAGUCAGCUAAGUCCUUACUCUAUAGCCUUUAUUUGUCUUUAUUUUUGUCUUUACGACUGACUGUUUAGCCUUCACGACUAUGCUAGGCUUCAAUUUGUUUCUGUGGUUUCUGUGUGGAUACUUAUUUUUCAACGGAGGUUACCAGCUUUAUAUCAAUUCACAUUCUCACCAGAGGAGGAAAACGACACAUUUCGAGUUAUGUAUGAAGUUUACUACUGCUAUGAUGAACUGAGGAGGUCGGAGGUUUUGUAACUGCCAGUAGUCACUCUGACUCAUUUGAUAAAGUGUACAUGUGGACAACAACCUUAAAUAAGGAUGUGUCACCCAGGUAGCACUCCCAACCAUUAUUGGCCCUGUGUGUUUUUAUUAAGUGAUACCAUUUACAGACGUGAAAUAAGAGCAUUUUAACCAAAUAUAUGAAUACGUUGUUCCUGUGUGGAUUAGGAAAUUGAAAGUGAGAAACCAUUUCCCUGAAUACGACCUUUGGUUCACUGAGAGGUAAACUUUUUUUAUUUCAGUCUGGCUCUUGGUUUUAUAUCCGAAGGCCAGCGGAGUGCAGUUCAAGCUUCACAGUCAAGGAUUUAGGUUAAUGAUCUUCUACUGGGGGGUUUGCCAGGUAGGCCUAAUAAGGCCACGUUUGGACCGGGAGGCCUUGUUCUCAGUAUUGUGAUCGGGUUUUAAAUACACUUGGACGUAAUAAAUGCCAUGUUACUAUACAGCCUACAAGCUGAAGUCCAUAAAAAAUUAGGCAACGAUUAAUUCAAUACAUUUGGUGGGGGUUAUAACUCCUCCAGUGUGGGUACUGUGCCACAGGCUUUGUGUAUGUGUGUGGGCAGUUGGCAGACUGUUCUGCUCCCCCCGUUUAUCUGUCAGGGUCAUUUAGGCAGGCAUGGAGGUUUGUCCUGAGAGCAGCGAUGAUCAGCGUUAAUCAGUGAGGAGCCGGGGCCACUAAAGGGCUGAAAACAAACACGAGGGCCUCCCCUCCUGAGCACACUGACGUCACUUCUUCAUAUAUGGCAUAUGUUCAACGUAUACUCCACGGAAGUGUGCAAAAUGAAUGAGCUUCUCAUGAUGAUUUCCCCUCCACGCUUGUAGCAAGUAUUAUUGCCAAGUUAAAUACCAAUUGUUUUAAUUGUGUUUUAGUGGCAGGUUCAACGUGACAAAAACGAUAUUAUUUCCAUACAUGUACAAACGCGACCUCUAGAGGUUGUUCCGGGGACAUGCAAGCUGGCUUAAAAAAAUAAGCCAAUAAUUUUGAAGUGCCAAACUGCUAUUAUUGAAAUAUUGAUGUUAAAUAAUAUAUUUCCAUGUAUAGCUUGAUAUGCUUUAUUUCACAGGGAACAAAAGAAAGCUUCAUACAUGUGAGCUUAAGGGCGGCUUUUUGCUUCUCUUUUAAAAGGGGAGAGCACUGUCAUGGGUCAGUUAAAGGGUAUUAAUGUAGUUCGUCAGAUGUGUCGCUUUCAAUAAAAAUGUUUACCUACAUGAGAAUCAGCAACAAAAAAAACAGCAGAACUUUGUAAUACAAGACAGACGAGACCACAGCAGGAUAUUUGGGCCAGUAUUUCUCCGGCAGUUUGAUACCAGACAGCACUAUGCAUCGUUACCACGAGUAGUGACCUGUAGUGGGAGACGAGACCAAUGGGGGAAGGUCUGUUGACUCGGCUUCUCCCAUCCACACAACCCACAAGUGCUGCAAAUCACACCGUUGAGUCCUCCAUGGCUGGCUCGUUUUCUCAAAUCGGAUGGUAUGGACGGAAAGAACUGUUUAAGAAUUUUAGCUUAACCAACAGCUGAGAACAACACAUUUCCUAAUGGUGAAAAACAACAACUUUAUAAACGUCAUUUGUACCUCUUUUUGCACGACGAAGCUAUUAGUGUCCCGUGAGUGUGUGUCGAUCUGUGUGCGCCCCGUCUAAUAAUAAUAAUCUUGAUGCACUAUAAACGGUGAUGCAUGUCCACAUGUUGUCCAAACCUGGGUUGGGUUCGAGGAGUGAUAGGGUCCCUACACCUUUCUUUCUCUCUCUCUCUCUCUCUCUCUCUCUCUCUCUCUCUCUCUCUCUCUCUCUCUCUCUCUCUCUCUCUCUCUCUCUCUCUCUCUCUCUCUUUGUUCCUCUCCUUUUGAGCUUAUUUAUGAACACAUAUAUUUGUACAGAGAAAAAACAAUAAUUUUGCAUCUUCUGUAAUGUUUCACGACUUUUAUGGCACUCCUGCAUGAUAGCAAUAAACUAUUUUGAAUGAAA